AUGAAUUCUGACUCGAGCUCUCUCUCUAGCAGAGCUUCGUCGCCAGACGUGGAUGAAAUUUGUCUGAGGGAUCACUUGCAACACCAGGAUUCCAGGAUGAACUCGGUGUCUUCCACACAGAAUGAUCUGCUCCAGCAGCUCGCCAAUGAACACAGCAUCACUACCCUCAACAGAUCCGAGGACAAGGCGGGAGGCAAGUUCAAAGUGAAAAAGCAACUCUCGGAGCAAGACUUGCAGAACCUCCGGUUAAAGAUUAACGGAAGAGAGCGCAAAAGGAUGCAUGACUUGAAUCUGGCGAUGGACGGACUCAGAGAGGUCAUGCCUUACGCCCAUGGGCCGUCAGUGAGGAAACUUUCCAAAAUCGCCACUUUGCUGCUGGCUAGAAACUACAUCCUGAUGCUGUCCAACUCACUGGAAGAGAUGAAAAGACUGGUCGGGGAGAUUUACGGCGGGCAUCAUUCUGCUUUCCAUUGCGGGACAGUGGGACAUUCUGUUGGACACCCAGGACACUCCACAUCUGCCCACCAGGUCCACCCCAUCUUGGGCAGUGCCCUGACCUCAUCCUCUUCCUCAAUCUCGGCUUCUCUACCGGGCAUCAGUGCCGUGAGACCUCCUCAUUCACUAUUGAAAACGUCGUCCGCGCCCCCUGUACCGCUAGGAAACACUUUUCAGCACUGGGCAGGAUUGCCAUGUCCCUGUACUAUCUGCCAAGUGCCACCGCCGCCUCACAUCUCAGCCCUGAGCACAGCCAGCAUGCCAAGGCUUUCUACAGAUGGUAAAGACUUAAUGAAGUAA